UUAUGUACAAAGACAUCAUAUUUCAGCGCCACAUGGUGGACAGAAAUCCACAUCAUCACUUCGCGACACAUUUACGAGUCGUUGGAAAGAAAUCGGUCCAACUAUCCCGGCAGUUCUUGAAGAGGCGAUGAAAGGCAAAGCACAUUUUCAGUCUUGGAUGUAGCCUCCUCUCACAGUCGGAUGUAGAUCACUGUUACUGAAGGAAUUUAGUGAACUCGUAGAUCUGGCCAGUCGUCAGCGUGACAGACCCACUGCUGUCGCCGUGUUUCGCUAGCUGGCUCACGCAAAUAUUGGUUGCUAUCGUUAAAUGCAUUGUACUAACGACAGGGGAUAGCCAACCGGCUAGCUAAUUGCCUUCUCCGUGUUAGCAUGUUAGCAAUGCUAGCGCUAGCUACCUUCGCUUAGCCACAGAGUUGUUGUGUUGGUGGGAAACCAGAUUGGAAAAAAGCGGAGAUAGCAUCGCAGGCUUUAGCAUUGGACACAGCAGGACUCGGAAGAUUUCAUCAUUUACAAUUGGAGUGAAAAAUAGACGCAUGCAAACGAGUUUGUUUCUUCGUUUCCACGUUUCCAAGACAGUUCCAGCCCUCUUGGUAGGGACCAGCCUUGAGGGGACUCAAACACAGACACAAUCCAUGCCAAGCCCUUCUCUUCGUCAGACAGCCUAGGGAAGGUUCAGGAGGUAGCAAGCUGGCUAUUGGAAAUGAACCAGGAUCUGCUGUCGGGGGGCAGCAGCAGCAGGCGUCGGCGGGGCGGUCCCGGGGGUCCUGCGGCGCAAGGUAACGCCCCCUCGGCUGCCCAGACGCCCCAAGCAGCGGCUGAGGAGGGCGAUGAAGACGAGCACAUGAACAGGGUGGUGGUGGAGGAGGAAGAGGAGGAACAGCAGCCGCAGCAGCCCCAGCAGCAGCUCAGGGCGGAGGUCGACGGGGAGCGGGAGGAGCCAUGGGCGCCCGGCGAGUCGGGGGUCAGCAACGGCCGGCGAGACGGGGCCGGCGAGGAGGGGGGCGAGGAGCCCCGCCGCCAGGAGGCCCCCGCCGACGGGCAGGCCGAAGGAGGGGAGAAAGGAGCCCGCUGGAUGUGGGGGGAGGACCGGCCGGGCGCGCAGGGCGAGCCGUCGGUGGGGGAGGACGAGGACGAGGAGGAGGGGGAGGAGGAGAACAACAACAGUAGCAACCAGCGGGAGGAAGGGGAGGAGAGGACAGAGGGGGGCCGGAGGGAGGAGGGGGACGAGGAGGAGGAAGAGGAGGACGAGGAGGAGGAGAUGGACCAAGACAGUGAUGACUUUGAACAAUCUGAGAGCGGGAGGGAGGAGGAGGAGGAGGAAGAGGAGGACGUUGAGGGAGAGGAUGGACUGCGCUCUCCCUCCCUCAGGAACAAUCUUUCUGUCCACAGCCUGGACUCGGGUCGCACACACCAAAGCUCGCCUAACAAAAAGAAGAUGAAGAGGAAGUUGGACCAUGGCCCCGAGGUCCGAUCUUUCCCUUCUGGUAAAAAACCCUGCAAAGGCACAGAGUAUCCAAGCCCAACGGGGAUAGUCCCAUGCCCGGCCACGCCCACCACGUUUGGCCACAUCAGAACAGCCAACGGUCAGGGGACACAGAGACGGCGAAUCACCUCCAUCCAGCCACCCACGGGUCUCCAAGAAUGGCUCCGGACAUUUCAGAGCUGGAGUGGCCCGGAGAAGCUACUGGCGCUGGAUGAGUUGAUCGACAGCUGUGAGCCCACGCAAGUCAAGCACAUGAUGCAAGUGAUCGAACCACAGUUUCAGCGAGACUUCAUCUCCCUGCUGCCCAAAGAGCUGGCCUUGUAUGUGCUGUCAUUUCUGGAGCCAAAGGACCUCCUCCAAGCGGCCCAGACGUGUCGCUACUGGCGCAUCCUGGCCGAGGACAACCUGCUGUGGAGGGAAAAGUGUAGAGAGGAGGGGAUCGAUGAACCCUUGCUGCUCAAGAAGAGGAAGGCGGCAAAGCCCGGCUUCACCCACAGUCCGUGGAAGAGUGCCUACAUCAGGCAACACAGGAUAGACACCAACUGGAGGAGAGGGGACCUGAAAUCACCCAAGGUGCUGAAGGGUCACGACGACCACGUCAUCACAUGCCUCCAGUUCUGCGGCAACCGUAUCGUCAGUGGCUCUGACGACAACACGCUCAAGGUCUGGUCGGCUGUCACGGGGAAGUGUUUGCGGACCCUGGUGGGCCACACGGGCGGCGUGUGGUCGUCCCAGAUGAGGGACAACAUCAUCAUCAGCGGCUCCACCGACCGCACGCUCAAGGUGUGGGACGCGGAGACGGGAGAAUGUAUCCACACCCUCUACGGGCAUACCUCAACAGUACGCUGCAUGCACCUGCACGAGAAGAGGGUGGUGAGCGGCUCCCGUGACGCCACGCUGCGCGUGUGGGACAUCGAGACGGGCCAGUGUCUGCACGUGCUCAUGGGCCAUGUGGCGGCGGUGCGCUGCGUGCAGUACGACGGGCGCCGCGUGGUCAGCGGCGCCUACGACUUCAUGGUCAAGGUGUGGGACCCGGAGACGGAGACCUGCCUGCACACGCUGCAGGGACACACCAACCGGGUGUACUCGCUCCAGUUUGACAGCAUCCACGUGGUGAGUGGCUCCCUGGAUACGUCCAUCCGCGUGUGGGACGUGGAGACGGGGAACUGCAUCCACACGCUGACGGGCCACCAGUCGCUCACCAGCGGCAUGGAGCUCAAGGACAACAUCCUGGUGUCCGGCAACGCCGACUCCACCGUCAAGAUCUGGGACAUCAAGACGGGCCAGUGCCUGCAGACCCUGCAAGGGCCCCACAAGCACCAGAGCGCCGUGACGUGCCUGCAGUUCAACAAGAACUUUGUGAUCACCAGCUCGGACGACGGCACCGUCAAGCUGUGGGACCUGAAGACGGGCGAGUUCAUCCGCAACCUGGUCACCCUGGAGAGCGGCGGCAGCGGCGGCGUGGUGUGGCGCAUCCGGGCCUCCAACACCAAGCUGGUGUGCGCGGUGGGCAGCCGCAACGGCACCGAGGAGACCAAGCUGCUGGUCCUGGACUUUGACGUGGACAUGAAGUGAGGCGGGGCAGCAGCAGCAGCAGCAGCAGCAGCAGCAGAAGAGGACGAAGAAGUGGGGAGGAAGAGACCCAGGGGGGCGGAGGAGGGCGUGUGGAGGAUGGAAACGCACACACACAAACACACAAUACAGAGCAGGGUGUA